AUAAAUGACCAAUGAAAAAGAUAGUGAGAAGCUUUACAUUUGAUAUUUGUUAUGGUUUAUUCGGUUUAAGGUUAUUGUGUUUGUUAAAAAUAAAUAAAAUUAAUUGUAAUGGGAGGUUGUCGGUGCUCUUACAAAAAUUGUCAAAAUACUACGAAAACAACAGAAAAUGUUCACUUUUUCCAUUAUCCAGUUAAACACAUUGAGCGUUGUAAGUUAUGGAUAGAAAAAGCAAACAAACCACAUUUUCUUGAUUUAGAAGAAGACCAACUUCGAAACAAAGUUAUAUGUGAAUAUCAUUUUGAAGAUAAAUGGUUUCCGAAUAGUCAAAAGAAACGCUUAUUAUUGGGAGCAGUACCAACGUUAGAUGUAGGAUGUGAAAAAGAACAGCAACAACCUGACAUGUAUGUAUCCACGGGUAUGCAAGAUAUUCAAUUAUUACCCGCUAGUUCAGAUGGGUCACUUUUUAUAUUAGAUACAGAUUCCAUUUUUAGCAGAUCUAAUAAAAUUGAUUCUUUUGUGUACAAAAAUGGAAUGAUAAUUCCUUCUCAGUCACAUCAAAGUAUUAAAAGAGAAGAAAAACCAAAAAGUCCCGUAUCCAAAGCAUCAACCAGUAAAAGUGCAAGCUCUAAACAACAACAAUUCUUAAACAAUAAUUUUGAAAGGAGUGAAUCUCCAGAGUCAAAUGUACAAAUCAAAAAUGAAUCCACUGAAAAUGAACCGCAACUUAGAAGAAUGCCUCAUAAAAAUGUUUUAGAGGAUAUUGAAAUUACUAGCGAUGAAGAUAACUUAUCAAAUUCUUCACUAAAAAAGAACACUUCAUUACAAAAACUCACUAGUGUAAAAACGUCUGGCAUCAACAAAGCUGCAUCAGAGAAAGCCAAUUUGGCUAAAAAUUAUUUAAGAAAAAUCAAACAGCACAGUAGAGAUAUUGCAUGUAUAAAGAAAAUGUUACGACAAAAAUCUUUGGCAGAUACUAAACCAGAUACAAAUACUAUAUUGAACUGUCUUAAAGAACAGUUACCACCAACAUUUUUCACAGUUUUAAGCUUAACUUUAAGUAACAAAUUUGACUUAACUGAGGCAGAUAUUGAUUUCUUCACCACAAUUCAUAAAAUGUCACCAGCCGUUUAUCAGCUCUUAGUAGAUAAAUAUAAGUGGAGUUUACCAAGUGUAGAUGUAGUUGAAACACCAAUGGAGUAGGUAUUACUAACAACAAAAGUUCCAUUUCUAGAGAUCAUUUGAUAUUCUUGUAAACUUUCAAAGAAAAUUAAAACUAGUUUUGAAAAUAUAUUUGACCUCAAAAUCAUUAACCAACUAGAAAAUAGACAAAAAGAAUCUAUUAUUAGUCAUUUACUUUUAUUUUCAAUGAAAUAUUUGAUGUGUUAUAUAAAUCAUAAUUUAUUUAAAUGUUAAUACAGUGAAAAGUUGUUUAAAUAGGUAGGUUAAAGGAAUUAGGUACAAGAGGAAUCGGAAUCCUUGUCUGAAAGCUGAAAAUCUACAGAGAAGAAUUAUAAAAGUUCCCACUUGUAUCAAAAUUUCAUGUUAUUUGUGAUCUAAAAAAUUAGUUCAAAAAUGAUAAAUUAAGAUAUAAAGUCACGAUUAUAUAAAAAAUCUGUAUCAAAUCUCUUCUAUAGAUGUUUAUUACGUAUCAACUGCCUAUUUUCACUGUAUUAUUAUUAACAUGGGCUUAAAAAAUGUAUAAAUAUUUCUAUUUUUAUACUCCUGUUUUUUUUGUUACAUAUUCUGUUUUGGAAAGACAUAUCUUUUAAUUUUUUAUAAGAUCUAAAAAGAUAAUAAGUCACACAAGAAGGGAAUAAAACUAAAAGAAUAUUUUGUGACUCUAGAAGGCGUAUCAGUCUAGUUUAAAUACUUUUUGGCAAAAAUAGUUCAAUAUUUUAGAACUAUGGAAUGAAUAUGUUCAUUUCACUUCAGAAUAAUAUUAUAUUUAUUUUAUUAUUAUUGAGUAUAUAUAAGUGAACAAAUCGCACCUCCUCGUAAAUAGUGUCAUAAGUAAAAAAAAUAAUCGAGUAAUAAGCUUUAAAAAUUAACUUUAUUUUUCAUCUGUCAGAUGAUAACUCAAAAACUGAUAGUUACCUUGAUAAUAACUCUUUAAAUAACAUUAUUUGAGAUAAAAUUUUUUAGCACCAAUGGUACAAUAAAAGAGAUUUUCUAAUUUUUUGACUUAUGACGACAAUAUUUGAGCAGAGGUGCAAAAUAUAAAUUUAAUUAAUUUUCCAAAUUAUAACUUGUGUUCUAAUACCACAAAAGUCAACAAUAAUAUAUUUUCAGGAAAUACUGUAUAUACUUAAUAAAGAUUGUUUCUGAUUAGAACUAUGGUUCUGAUUCUCCGGUAAAUACCAUCAAAAUGUUACUUAUGUGGUGAAAUAACUUGAAUGACAAUGUGUGGUCAUUUGAUUUCAAGAUUUAUUGUUUCAAUUGAAUAACUAUUUUAUUGAAUAUUGUAUAAUGUAUCUUUUAUUAAAAUAAACAAAGAUAA